AUGAAAGCCUGCUACUCGUUAUGGUACUACGGUUGGAGAGACGUGCCGUUCGUUUGCAACAGUGAGUUCUUGUUUCUGGUCGCCUGGCAGAUGAUCAGCAACAAACGAAUGAUGCCUCAUCGCAUAAUGAUGCAGGUGUCGAACAAGUGCGUUAAGCUGACCGUGCCGAAGGGCGAAGUGUUCACAGACGGCACCAAGCAGUUCGCCAAGUUCAGAAUCCCUGUCCACGCCGUCGCGCUGAGUACCGUCGGUCCGUACCCUCGGGACAACGUCGUCGCCAUCCUGAUGGUACCGAUCAAGAACGUGUCCAGCAACGCCGGCGUGCUGGUUUUCCGAUGUGACUCGGCGGAGACGGCCGCCGCCGCACAGUACUCCAUGCAGAAGAUGAUCAGGCACCACCACGACUCCAGCUUCUGUCCAUUCCUCGGCCAUCAGUACUCGUACAUCCCGCAGCCGGGUUCCGGCGUGUUGUCUGACCGGUGCCCCGACCCAAUCUCCUACUGGAAGCAGCUGAUGCAGCACCAGGCCGUCAUAACCGAGCUGAAGAGCAGGUUUCGAUGUCCGCAGAGCAAGCUGCUCCUGGACGAUGAGGGCGACAUUGACGGGGACGAUGACACUACUGAUCUCUUGCUUGCCGGUCAUCAGCCGUUCGUCGUCCUUCGCCGAACGUCCAACAGCGACCUGAUUGACCUCCGUCCGUUGCCCCUCCGCUUGUUCGGCGAAACCGUUCGAUGGCGCCGCUCAUCACCGGCCCCCCUUCGUCCGACCUCGACCGUCGAAGACGACGAUAGUUUCAUGCAGGACUGUGCCCUGGCCAAGUGCCGUUCCGUCGACGUGCUUUACGAGCAUUUCUGA